GAGAGUGUGGACCUGCGGACUCAGAGCUGUCAUCUGCCAGAGCUUUAAACUCUGUUGUUUCUGUGGAUUUUCCUCUGACGCUUUAGGAAUCGAUCUGUCUGUGUCACCUAAAGGAAACCUUUUUUAGAUCUGAGGGACUUUUUUGUGUCUCAGCUGAGUCGGAAAAGAGCGUUAGCUCUGCUGUUAUAGAGACUACCUUUGUGUUCAUUAACUGUGGUGUGGUGCCUUCAGCUUCAUGAAUCAUUGAUGAACCUCAGCUGAGACCCUGCGGUGAUGUGUACGCAUGGAGGCUGACCGGUGGAGGCUUCCUGUCUUGUUGUGACGGUCAUUUCAAACCAGCAUCAUCUUCCGCAGACCCAAAGGGGUCUGACUUCACGACAGUGCAUAGACCUUCCAUUCAAGGAGUCUGGAGCCACAGGAAGAGAGAGAGAGAAGGAGAGAAAAUAAACACAGCUUAAAAAAGACGCUCUUCAUGAAUUCCCCACAAACCUGAAAGGCAAAUACUGCAAGUUGGCUGGCGGUCUUUAGGAGGCAUGUGGACAAUGAGCAUGGCUUGGCUCUGGCUCCCAGCCUACACUGUCCUCCUUGUUGGUUGCUUUCACGCAGCUGUCACGGAAAAUGAUGUCACUCCACGCCUCACCUUCUCCUACAAUGCGAAGGAGAGGACGACCAGAAGUUUCUCCGCCAGCGGGGUCUUCAACUAUACCUCUCUCCACCUCAGUAAAGAAGACAACAUGCUGUAUGUUGGCGCCCGGGAGAUUCUCUUUGCUCUCAACCUCACUGAUAUCAGUGCAGUCAAGCUACAAAGAAAUCUCACAUGGAAAACUCCAGAGAGGAAGAGAGACGAGUGCAGUUUCAAAGGCAAAGACCUGCAGACGGAUUGCUUCAACUACAUCAAGAUCUUGCUACGCAUGAACAGCACUCAUCUGUAUGUGUGUGGAACCUACGCCUUCAGUCCCACCUGUGCUUUCAUAAAAACUGCAGACUUCUCCCUCGUCAAGAGUGAAACUGGUGAGAUCGUUACCGAGGAUGGACGAAGCCGCUGCCCCUUCAACCCUGAAUACAAAUCUACUGCCAUCAUGGCUGAUGGAGAGCUGUAUGCUGGUACAGUCAGUAAUUUCCAAGGAAAUGAACCCAUCAUUUAUAAGAGUCUGAGCCAAGGAACUGCUCUAAAAACAGAAAACUCACUCAACUGGCUUCAAGACCCGGCCUUUGUCGGCUCUGCCUACAUACAGGAGAGCCUACCCAAGGGCAACCUCGUGGGCGAUGACGAUAAGAUUUACUUCUUCUUCAGUGAAGCAGGAAAGGAGUUUGAUUUCUUUGACAACACCAUUGUGUCACGCAUUGCUCGUGUGUGUAAGGGCGACUUAGGAGGCGAGCGAGUUCUGCAGAAGAAAUGGACGACCUUCCUGAAGGCUCAGCUCUUGUGCUCGCUGCCUGAUGAUGGCUUCCCCUUCAACAUAAUCCAAGACAUGUUUGUGCUGACGCCCAGCCCCGAGGACUGGAAGAACACUGUUUUUUAUGGAGUAUUUACAUCUCAAUGGUAUAAAGGUGCUUCAGGAAGCUCUGCAGUGUGUUCCUUCACUAUGGACCAGGUGGAAAAGGCGUUCACCGGGCGAUACCGUGAGGUCAAUCGGGAGACUCAGCAGUGGUACACAUACAACCAUCCGGUCCCAGAGCCUCGGCCUGGAGUGUGUAUCACAAAUGCUGCCAGGGAACAGGGCAUCUCCUCCUCACUGCACAUGCCAGACAAGGUGUUGAAUUUUGUCAAGGACCACUUCCUGAUGGACAGCGUUAUCCGCAGCCAGCCUCUCCUGCUAAAACGUAAUGUUCGCUACACGCAGAUCGCUGUCCAUCGAAUCCAGGCGGCAAAAAAGGCAUAUAAUGUGCUCUUCAUUGCCACAGAUGACGGGAGACUUCAUAAAGCCAUUAAUGUCAAUAACAAGAUGCACAUCAUUGAGGAGAUGGUGCUCUUCCGUGAUUCCCAACCUGUGCAACACAUCGAGCUGGACACUGAGAAGGGUCAGCUUUAUGUUUCCUCUUUCUCUGAACUGGUGGAGGUCCCAGUAGCUAACUGCACUAAUUACCAGAGCUGCGGAGAGUGCAUCCUCUCCAGAGAUCCUUACUGUGCCUGGAACGGGAGGCAGUGUGUGGAUAUUAGACAAGCUUCGCCAAGCAAUGCCUGGCAGCAGGAUGUAGAUGAAGCAGACACAUCAGCUAUUUGCAACAAGACAGCGCCAAGCCCACGGUUUGAUAAACCUCCACCUACACGAAUGUCUUCGUGCCAGGUGAUCAUUAUCCCAGCCAACACGUUCAAAGUACUGCCUUGCAAGCUGCGCUCUAAUUUGGCUGAAAGGAGUUGGGAGUUCAGUGAAAGCGCAGGUCACUUCCAUUACCCCAGCCCAGAGGGGGGGCUGGUAGUGGUAGCUCAGGCUGACAGGCAGGAAACCUACGAGUGCUGGUCAGUGGAGGAAGGCUUCAGACAGCUGCUGGCAAACUACUGCGUGAGGGGCGAGGCCAAGCAGGAGAGCACCACCCUGACAGGCCGUUCACGUACCCCACAGAUCCCCCAGGAGGAGUUUAUCAUCCUGCCAGGAGAAGCCCGCUCACCGCAGAUCAACACUAAGACCUACUGGAACGAGCUGAUAGUGGUGUGUGCACUCCUGGCGUUUUCCCUCGUGGUCUUCUCUCUAUUUGUGGUCUACAGGAACCGCGACCACAUGAAGUCCAUGCUCAAGGAGGGCGAGUGCCCCAACAUGCAGCAGAAGAAGCCCAGAAUAGUGGGGAAACCGGCUGAGAACUUGCCACUGAACGGCAACACAGUCACAGCAUCUGUGUCAGAUCACAAGGGCUACCAGACCCUUAACGACAACUACAUCUGCAGCACUCCGCCGCGCGAGUGCUCGUCGCCCGACAACAGCAAGAGCUUCUCAGAGUCGGAGAAGAGGCCUCUGAACUUGAGAGAGAGCCAUGUAGAGAUUUCACCCACAUGCCCGCGGCCACGAGUCAGACUGGGCUCUGAGAUUAAAGACUCGAUAGUGUGAGGCUGGCUUCGUGUUAUGUGUAGUGACUCAUUUUAGACUGAAAGGAAAGAGUGCACUUGCUGAGAAAGACAAAAACUCUAUUAGAAGGAAAACUAAGGGUCAUGAGACUCUUCAUGGAGAGACAUUUCAUUACACAGAUUUGCACUUUGUCUUUUGUUGUUCUGUCCCUGUGGUCCAUGUGCAUUUCACUCUAUUUUGCCCUCACUUCCCCCAUGUUCAAGUGCAUUUGAAGCACACUGAAGAAGUUCCACUUUGCCUUCAGACUUUUGACGCUUUCACAUACGGCUCACAGGAAUGUAACAAGCAUAGAGGUGGUAUCACAACUAUGAUUCAGUGAUUGGAUUUCAUAGCAUUGCCACUCAGUCCGUCCAUAAAAGCUACUGGUAAUGCUUUGAAAGACAGAGUGCUAUUCCAACAUGUUCCCACCAACGUCUGACACAGUGUUUGCCAUUUUAUUUUCGUUCUGUUAUCUGGUUACGAGCCUUCCAUUCGCUGAGGCUAUGCACUAUGUACUGUUCAGUAGCAAAGUAAACACUCUCACCAGAAUAUACACUAACAAUCCAGUGGCAGGCAGGAAAGAAAAAAAAAAUGUCUGUCAUAUACUUUUUAGAUAGCCAGUGUGCAUUCACAGAGGUAUGCUCAUUGUUUAGGCUUCAACACAGCAACAUAGCAAGAAUUCGGAGAAGAGAUAUAGUACAAGAUUGAAAAGUGAAAGAAACAAGGAGUCACCUCAGUGAAAAUGUUGUAGAAACUGUUACCACCUCAAUCACUACACACCAAAAAAAUGAUUAUAUAAUCAUGAAUGAAGACACAUUAUGCUUUUUUUUUAAAGUAUUGGUAUUAUUAGUCGAUACAAAUAUUCCUCUGUGGAAGCCUGACUUUCGAUCAGGUUUUCUGUCACCAAAUGUGAUAAAGGGAAAAAUCUCAUUCCAGGUAUUAUCAUGCUGUUCUUCAUGAGAUAGGCAGUCUAUGCAAAGCAAAUAAUGUGAAGUGGGGUAAACACCAAGAAAACCUCACCUCGAGACUGAGUAAGCACAAAGGUGUUGGCGCUGUUAAUUACUUUAGGAUCAGUGGCACUGCAAACACACCCACGUACACACAUGCACUCGCUCUCAUUACACUAACUCUAAGUAUGCAAGAGAUUUUAGCCAUUUUGGUGUAUUUCUGGGGAGGAAGAUUGGCCAAAUGUUUCUUCUACAGACUGGCAUUUCACAUAAUCAUUCUAUAAUGUUUUAGAUAUCUAUCACUAAUCUCAACAGGAAAUAAUAAUAAAUACUGAAAUACACCUAUUCAUAAUCUGAUUUUAAUAACACACAUCUGUAUAGUCUCAACUUUGAUAUACAUAUUAAUUAAUGACAGUUAAUGAAUGGGAGAAAAUAUCCUCUGCUUGCUUAAAUGGUUUUAAAGGCAACCAUAAAGGCAAUAAUUUUCAUUCUCAUCCAGUAAUAAACAAUGUGGAACUGUGCAUUUUAAUUAUCUUAAUUAUCUAUUAGCCAUCUCUUUAUUCAGAAAUAAUAAAUUAUAGUCCAUAUGAUCCACCACAUUUACGAGUCACAUGUUGGAGUAACUUGAAAGCAUUUUUCCAUGUCAUACAAUAUCGUUUAAGUCUUACUUGGGUUUGGCUCGAGUGUUGAAAUGAGGCCAGCAAAACUAAAAAAUCAAAAAAAUGCAGGAAGGCAUACUGCUUGACUCAGAAUGCAUAGGAUUUGCACAUCAUGUUGAAAAGCCUUAGUACAAUGCAGGUUAUGGGUUUGGUUACAAAUCCGUCUUGGGGAAAACGGAUAAUGCCUUCUGAAACAAUUACCAAGAGAUGUGCCUCUUGGGAUAAUAAACUAACCAGGUAGUAGUGCUGUAGAGUCAAAUGGUACACUAUGGGUGUGACAGGACUGGCCAUGCUCAGAAACGAGUGAAAACAUGGAGUACAUGUAAUUUAAUACUGUCAGCAUUGUACAGUACGUGCUCAUGAGGUGUUUUUGUUUUUUGUUUUGUUAUGGUGGCUUCAACCUCAGUCAGGGACUAAAUUUUAUUCUAAAACUGUAGCACAUAAAUAACCACUGGCUGAUUUUAAAAUAUUGAAUUAUAGAUGCGCAUUAGUAUUACGUUACAUUUCUUGUAAAUGGCACUGCAAAAAUGACUCUGUGAAUUUUCAAAAACUGGCCGGCUAUAAUCAAUCAUGCAGAAUGAAAGAUUCAUGCUUUGACUGUUAUUAAAGACCCAAAUGGCAGCUUUUGGUGAAGUGGCCAUCAUCGGAACAAUAUUAAAUUAGCUGAGUGCAGAACAAAUAUAAAGUGGCAGUGAUUUAGUCAAAUAUGUGCAGGUACUGAUCAUGCUUUCAUUUGAAUACAAGCCUAAACUAAUAAUGCCACAGCGAAAGUAUCGUCGUCUGUUCUCUUAAUAAACCACUGUAGUCUGGCCUUCUAUUUGUGACAGUACAAGUUGCCCAGACUCAUUUCAACAUGUAUUCUAAGUAAAAAAAAAAAAAGAGUUUUUUAUGUAAACUUGUUUUGUAAAUUCAGCUGCCAAUGUAAAAAAUCUUGUGAAUUGUAUUUUUUUGUAUUAUACAUCACUACUGUUUGUUUUUUCUUUUUUGUAUUGUAUAUAAAAAGCACUUUAUUUUAAUUUUUCAAAUAAAGAUCAAAU